AUGUCAAGCAUUGUCCAAUGGCUUUUCACCAGUCUGCCAGGCACAGUCGAUAAAGAAUCGGCUAUGUCCGGCACUGUGGCUGCAGGAACCCUCACCUUGCACAAAUUCAAGGCAUCUACCAGGGAAGACGAUAGCAUAAGCCCGAUUCCGCUCAAGUGCUCCAGCGCGCCCAGAAAUACGGCUGCCGCAAAUUAUCCCCACUACGAUGACAUUAGCCGGGCGCACGAGAAGCUUAAAACAGUCAAGCAAUAUCCCAACAUCUGCACAAUGACCCUCGGAGAGCAUUUGUACCAUGCUGCCGAAAUCCACCUCGCAGACGACAAGACAUACCUUCAACCCCUGCGCGCCUUCGCAACGAGCUGCUGGGUUAAUCCACCUCGCCGCUAG